GUCGAAUUAACAACAUGUUUACGUAAGGUACUUUCCCCCCACGCACCACACGUCUUCACCAUCGUAACUUCCCAAAGUACGGGAUACUCCGAACGUAAUGACCUCCCAUAGGUAUAAUUACAAUUACCUAUGGACAAUAUCACGUGUGUCGUCACAUGUUUCGUUGAGCGGGAUGGACAACCGAAACUCAAGAGGGCCCAGGUGACCCGCGCCUGCGAGCGCUGUCGCAACCUACGCCGCGCAUGCAGCGACUUCCGACCCUGCCAACGAUGCGUCAAUCACGGCCUUGCCGACCAAUGUCUCGGAAUGCCCGGCCCCGUCCAGCUGGCAUGGCGGGGUCCGGCCCUCGGAGGCGCCUCUACUAACCCUCUGGUCACGACGGGUUACCACGGCCACGCUCUCCACUACGGUCCGCACGACGCCGUGGGAAGGCUGGCCAGGCUGCUACCGGUGGCGAUCCUAGAUUACUGCACCGAGCGCUUCUUCGCCAAACUUUACACCACCAUCCCCAUCCUGACGCCGGAGCACGUCACCCGUCUCAAGAGCUCCGCGGGCGCGUCCGAGGCCGGCCUCGAGGCCCACUGCCUCCUUGCCGCCCUGUGCGCCAUGGUGCUGCUGCAGGUCGAGGAACCGGACAGCCUCUACCGGCAAGGCCUUGCGACGGAGAAGAACGCGGCGUACGGCGAGCGUCUUUUGGAAGAAGCCCUCUCCGUACAUCGGAGCCUGGGGCGCAAGUCGAACCCUUCUUACGAGCUAUGCCUGCUCACGUUCUUCCUAUACGCCUGCCACGCUACUCUCCUCCACCACAGCCAGGCCUUCAUAUUCCUCCGCGAGACGACGACGCUCUGGCUCCUCCUCAAACCCAGCAGCCACGGUCCCUCCGUCAAACUCCUCAUCGACAGACUCUUUUGGGUCCUGCUCAUCUCCGAACGGUCUCACGGCGUGCGCUACCGACGGCCCGUGACCCUGCAGAUCACCGCAGAGACCCCUCCGCUCCUGAGCCCGACCGAGUCCGAUUCCGAUUCCGAUUCCGAUUCCGUCCUCGGCGGGUUCGCCAGCCUGGCCGCCCUCUUCGUCCCCCUCGACACCUCCUUCGUCGCCGCCCUCAACCACGAAAAGCUGGCGGCCCCACCCACGGCCGCGUCCCUCAGCUACAUCGAAUGCUGCGUCAACACGGCCCUCAACCCCACCCUGCGCCUCCAGGACACCCAGAAAGCGAACCUGCGCGUGACCCAGCUCUGGCUGCGCAUCAUCCUCUGGCAGAUCCGCCUGCGCCUCGGCCACCUGACCGAAGACGCCGCCAAGCACAGCCUGACCUUCCACUACCCCCUCGAGGUCGCCAAGGACCUGACCCUGUCGACACGCGACCUGGCCCUCGGGAGCAUCAAGGUCCACGGCGUCGGGCUGACCGAGAAGCUCUUCGACAUUGCGUCCGCCGUGGUGGACGUGCUGGCGCGCGUGCCCAUCACGCCUUCGAGCCCGCACGGCGUUGGCACGUCGCCGAGGGACGAUUUGAACUACGUCAGGCGGCUGAUUACGCAGCUGCCGGGCGGGCGGGACAUUUACGAUGCUCUGCUAGACAAGCAUAUCGAGCAAGCUGUGCCGGGUAUGCACUUGGGCCAGGUGCACGCCUUGCCAAGUUAAAAACGAGCCCGGCCGGGGCUAUGAGGAGGGAAUUUCUUUCCGAGAUCCAUGGCAACAGCCCGAAAAGAUCAACGGCUUGUCCCGGCUUUGAUACUAUAGUUCUAAACACGCCCCCCCCCCCCCC